AUGUCCAAGAUCAACCGCCGGGCCAAGAUGGCCGAGCUCCAGGCUCUUCGCCAGUCGGGCAAAAAGACCUUUGACAACUACCGCGUCGACGAGGCGCACAAUCUCUACGACGAGGUCGACGAGGACAACUACAAGAAGAUUGUCCGCACCCGCCUCAACCAAGACGACUUUGUAGUCGACGACAAUGGCGAGGGCUACGCCGACGACGGCCGCGAGGAAUGGGAUCGAGUCCACCAGUACGACUCGGACAGUGAGGCCGAUGACUUGCCCGCACGAGGCAGGCCAAGCAAAGCAGCCCAGGAGAGCCGUAAGGAAGAACAGGCCAGGCGUGCUGCCAAUGACCGCAACAUCAGCGAGUACUUCACAAAGGGUGCUGCCAAGUCCCAGCCAAAGCCCAAGGUCGUCAAGACAAAGGCCGAGUCCGACUUUAUGGCGGGCCUCCUCGACGAGGUUGACUGCAACCCUCAUUCCCCCGCUCCGGCCCCGAAACGAUCCAAGCCCGAGGGGCCUGGCCAGCCGCGCAAGUCGAGAGCCCUGUCGCCUGCCCCGGAGCCCAUGCACAAGAGGCAAAAGCGCGUCGACACUCGCUCUUCGUCCCCGCCAGCCCCCUCCAAUCGGGACAGCGACGACGGCUUCUUGCAGCCCAUGGUCGACGACGAGCCCUUGUGCACCAAUGAUGCCUUCAUGAGCGACCCCGCACCAUCAUCUCCUGCGGCCAAGGUCGCCCAACGAAAAGCUCAAAUGAAGCAGGAGUCGCAGAAGCCGCAGGAACCGCAGGACGACGACGACGACGACAUGAUGGAAAUCGCUCACGCUGGCACGGCCAAGACCUCGAGUGUCAACAUAGCCGGAUCUCGGCCCGUCCAAAAAGUGGCGAAGCCCGAUCCAUAUCCCUCACCAGCCAGCUCGUCACCUCCAAAGCCUGCCCCGGAAAAUGCCAUUGACCCGGCAUCUUGGAACGACCUCACCGAAAGGCUCAACGUUGACGCUGUCGAGGCCGACGGCAGCCUCAACUUUUUCUGGACAGACUAUGUCGAGAUCAACGGGAGCCUCUGUCUGUUCGGCAAAGUCUUGGACAAGAAGCUCAAGUCUUACGUCAGUUGCUUUGUCAAGGUUGACAAUAUCCUCAGGAAGCUCUACUUCCUGCCCCGCCCACGACGCGUUCACGACGGCGAGGAAUCCGGCGAGGAAGUAGAAAUGACAGAUGUGUACGGCGAAGUGGACGACAUGAUGACCAAGAUGAAUGUUGGCAUCUACAAGAUCAAGAAAUGCUUCCGCAAGUAUGCUUUCGAGCUUCCAGACGUACCUCAGGAGGCCGAGUACCUAAAGCUUCUCUACCCGUACACAAAACCGCAAAUUGACAUGAAUGCCAAGGGCGAAACGUUUUCUCACGUCUUCGGCACCAACACUGCUCUCUUCGAGCAAUUUGUCCUGUGGAAAAACAUCAUGGGCCCCUGCUGGCUCAAGAUUCAAGACGCCGACUUUGGCGCAAUCAAGAACGCCUCACAUUGCAAGCUCGAGGUCCUUGCCGAGCACCCCGAUAUGGUUUCGACGGCGAGCGAGACUGACAACCUCGACUGUCCCCCCCUGACUCUGAUGAGCGUUGCGCUCAGAACCGCCUUCAAUGCACAAGAGAACAAGCAGGAAAUUGUCGCCAUCAGCGCAAGAAUAUACGACAAGGUACAGCUCAGUGACACAACACCGGUGGAAGAGAUGGCGUGCCGGACUUUCACUGUUAUCCGCCCGCACGGCCAGGGCUUUCCGUUGGGUUUCGAGCAACUAGCUAUGAAGAGAAAGAGAGGCCUCAUCGCUUUGAAGAAGCAGGAGUCUGACCUUCUGAGCUUCUUCUUGGCUCAGAUAGACGUGGCUGAUCCCGACGUCAUCCUUGGGCACCAACUCGAGGGCGUGGACUACAGCAUCUUGCUGAAUCGCCUGUACGAGAAGAAGACUCACCAGUGGUCCAGGCUCGGGCGGUUCCGGCGCACGCAGUGGCCGCCAUCUCUCGGCAAGGCGGGUAGCAAUGUCUUUGCCGAGCGCCAGGUCAUGGCUGGCCGACUGCUAUGCGACAUCGCAAACGACGCUGGAAAGUCGGCAAUGUACAAGUGCCAAUCUUGGAGCCUGACCGAGAUGUGCAGUCUCUAUCUUUCAGGAGAUAACCGCCGGCGAGACAUCGACAACGACGUUGCGCUGAACACGUGGGCCAAGCAGAAGCAGGGCCUGAUGGACUACAUCGCCCACGUGGAAGCCGACACUCAUUACAUUACCGCGCUGGCCCUCGGUGUUCAGCUGCUCUCGCUCACCAAGGUCCUCACUAACCUGGCUGGAAACUCUUGGGCCCGCACCCUAACUGGUACCCGCGCCGAACGAAACGAGUUCAUUCUCCUGCACGAGUUUCACCGCAGCAAGUACAUAUGCCCUGACAAGCAAACCUUUCGCGGCCGCCAGAAGCCCGAAGAUGAGAAGCAAGAAGAAGAGGGAGUGGAGGGGAAGAAGAAGGACAAGUACAAGGGUGGUCUUGUCUUCGAGCCUCAAAAGGGCCUCUACGACAAGUUUGUCCUCGUCAUGGACUUCAACUCUCUGUAUCCGUCCAUUAUCCAAGAGUUCAACAUCUGCUUCACGACUGUCGACAGAACUGCAUCGACCGAGGACGAAGACGCUGUUCCGAUGGCGCGGACGAGCCAAGAUCAGGGAAUCCUGCCCAAGCUCAUCGCUACUCUUGUCAGCCGCCGUCGCCAAGUAAAGUCCCUCAUGAAAGACAGGACCGCCACUCCAGAGAAGCUUGCAACCUGGGACAUCAAGCAGCUGGCCUUGAAGCUUACCGCCAACUCCAUGUACGGCUGCCUGGGAUACACCAAGUCCCGGUUUUACGCUCGGCAAUUGGCCGUCUUGACCACCUACAAGGGUCGCGAAAUCCUCUGCAGUACCAAGGAGCUUGCUGAGAGCAAGUCCCUCCAAGUCAUCUACGGUGACACCGACUCUGUCAUGAUCAACGCCAACGUAAACACCGUGGCCGACGCUCUCAAAGUCGGCAAUGAGUUCAAAAAGGCAGUCAACGACCAGUAUAAGCUACUGGAGAUUGACAUCGAUGCCGUCUUUCGACGCAUCUUGCUGCAAGCCAAGAAGAAGUAUGCCGCCAUCAGUCUUGUUCAGAAAGACGGCAAGUUCAUCGAGAACAUGGAGGUCAAGGGCCUGGAUAUGAGACGACGAGAGUACUGUGCACUAUCCAAGGAGAUUUCCAAGCAUCUGCUCGACGAAAUCCUGUCCGGAGAGGAGACCGAGGUAGCGAUUGCGCGCAUUCACGAAUAUCUUCGCGAAACUGCCGGCAAGAUGCGCGAGCAGACGAUCCCCACUGCCAAGUACAUCAUCUAUACGCAGCUCGGCAAGGGGCCAAAGGAAUAUCCUAACGCCGACUCGAUGCCUCAGGUCCAAGUCGCGCUGCGCGACAUCGCCCGGGGCAAGACGGUCCGCAAAGGCGAUGUCAUCUCCUACAUCAUCACUGGCGACAACAAGAGUUCCGAGCCCGCGCCAAAGAGAGCCUACGCUCCGUCGGACCUCAAGACCGACGCCAGCCUGCAGCCGGAUGUCGAAUGGUACAUUGGGAAACAAAUAUUUCCCCCUGUCGAGCGUCUUUGUGCCAACAUUGCCGGCACGUCCACGUCACAGCUCGCUGAGCAGCUAGGACUGUCCAUCCGGCGGCACACCUCGCACCAGACACAGCAGGAUGGCUCGAGCAACGACAUGGAGAUCCACCCACUCGAAUCUCAGAUCCCAGACGAUGUUCGCUUCAGCGACUGCGCCAGGCUCUUCCUGCAGUGUCGAAAGUGCAAGGCCAGUUCAACGUUUGAGGGCCUCGCCGCCUCGCCCGACCGCGUCUCUGCCUCGGGCGUUCUGUGCGCCGGCUGCAGGACCGUCAUCCCUUCCCUGUCCGUCGUGGCCCAAGUCGAGCACGCGAUCCGCACCCAAACAGCCCUCUACUAUGAAGGCUGGCUCAUCUGCGACGACGCGCAGUGUGGCAACCGAACCCGCCAAAUGAGUGUCUAUGGCACCCGCUGUCUCGGUCCCAAGGGCCUCGCGCGUGACUGUCUGGGGCGCAUGCGCUACGAGUACACCGAAAAGGCCAUCUACAACCAGCUCCUCUACUUCGCCAGCCUUUGGGAUGUCGACAAGGCGCGCAGCAGGGCCGACAACGCCGACGGCGAAUUGUCGAGGGAACAUCGCGAGAAGAUCCUGGCGCUGGCGGAGCAUAAUCGCGUUCGCUUCGGGACUGCCAAGGGCGUUGUCGACAAGUAUUUGGACAAAUGCGGGAGGCAGUGGGUGGCCAUGGAUACGCUGUUUGCGAAGCUCGGGUUCAACAAGAUGUUUGCUGCCAGUUGA